UCAGUCAUCACAGGAUCGCAACUAUGAAACAGAUAACACUGUUUCUUAAGGUUAUGAUUGUGUAUCACGUAGUCAGCCGUAGUCAGGCAAAAGUUGAAGUGAACUGUGACGAAAAUGUCAACCUAAGCUGCUCAUGUCAUGACAGCAAGGAUUUCCUGGCGCUGACUUGGUACAAGAUGAAUGGCGGAGAAAGUUCUGUCAUUAUCAUCAGUGGCGAUGAUAAAGAGAUGCACACAUUUCCUCGUCCAGCCACGUUAGGAAAGGGGGAGAGUCUGCAUCUGCAAAAAGUAACCCCACAGGACUCGGGCACCUAUAAAUGCAUCAUCACUGUAGGUUUAGGAUAUAAAAAUAAAGAAUGUGAGGUCGACCUUCUGGUUCAUGCGUGCACGACGCCAACGCCAAAUGUGUUGACCACGACUGUUAACUCCAGCAAACAUGCGGAGGACCUGCCAAUCAUGUGGAGUAUUCUGGGUUACUUGGCAGUGGGCUCGGUCAAAGUGCUUUUAUCGUGUAUCACUAUUAUGGUCAUUCGAGCUUGCCGUAUCGGAUCUUCAAGACAAGUGCCGCAGAACUAGCUGUUAGUUGUAGUCGUUCAAGGAUGAAACUGGAACAGAAAUUCGUUUUUGAAAGGCGCCAUUUGUGGUAGUUUCAAGUUGACUGCUACACAGAGAAUACCGCUCUGAUACUUUUUUGGCCAAAUCCGUAUUAAAAGGGGAGGAUAUGGUCAUUUUUUUUUACCCUUUGUAUUGAGUUGUGGACACCUAUAGAGCAGCUGCACACAAUAACCCGCACAGAAAGCUUUUCUAGAUGUUCCAGAAUCUGCACCUAUUACGACUGCACUUCCGAGGAACUUGACACAAUGAUGGAUAAGCACGGGAGACUAAUAGAAUGCAUGUGACAGGUGCCUGAUUCUGAAGGCCCUGAUUACAUUUAAUGGCUGAAAUCUGAUUGGUCAAAAAAAAAAAAUCUAACAUACACAUGUACAAAAAGUUUCAAGUUGACUGCUACACCGAGAAUACC